CGAAAAGGAAAGAAAAACACGAUUACAAUGGCCACUACAGCUACGACCACGCUUGCAGGAGCUGCGACGCCUACUCCAGCAAUCCCAAAACUAACGCUCUAUACAAACCAUGGCUGUCCGUGGGCGCAUAGAGUACACAUUGCUUUGCGUGAGCUCGGCUUGAGCUACGACGAGGUGAUUAUCGAUCUGGACCGGCCAAGGGAGGAGUGGUUUUAUAAGAUCAAUCCGAGGGGCAUCGUGCCCGCAAUGCGUUACUCCAACGGCCAAAUCGACGAGGUCAUCACCGAAUCUGCCAUCAUCGCACAAUUUCUCGCUGAUGCGCAUCCAUCUCAUCUUGUGCCGGCUAGCAAUGACUCCCCUGCUGCGGCCCUUUUCCGCGUACGCAUCAACUUUUUCGUCGAUACCUAUUUUACCAGGGUCAAUCCGCUCAUGUGGGCAUGCAUUCUCGGCGCGCCGGACAAACAGAAGCGCGAAGAAAAAGCAGCAGAUUUUGCCAAAGCCGUCGAAAAAGACAUCGAGCCGCUUUUGAGCGAUGCGGCGCCGUAUUUUGGUGGGAGCGAGAAACUUACUCUUGCAGAGGUCCAAAUUGCAUCGUUCAUUCUCCGCGUCUUCGAUUUCGCAGAUGACAUCAUUUUCCCAAAGUCUGUUGUCGAACCGCUUCGUCAGUUGCCAAACUUUUCUAAAUGGGCUGCCGCAUGCACGUCGCAUGAAAGUGUCUUGUAUAUCUGGGAUAAAGAAGUGCGGGUCCAGCGUGUCAGGGACAGGUUGGAAAUGGCAAAAAAGAUUGCCGGGAAAAAGUAUGCUGGGCAGUAUGAGUAGGGGAAUUCAGACACUCUUCAGAUUUCGUGUCACCGCUGAGACCGAAGAAGCCCAGCUGAAUAAUAUUUACGAUUGACUGCAACAGUUAUUUUAUUAUUUUAUUAUUUUCGUUGGUUGC